AACUUCACUCAGUCUACCGUAGGGCGCUGGGAACGACACACGUGCGUGCGGUAUUACUCUGCAUUCCUAGCGUGUACUGCAUGCUCGUAAACUAUUUCGCGCCGUACCAUAAACUCUUUUCGUAUAUUUUUUUUCUAUUUGUGUUUUUUAUUCUUUACUGACAGUAUUUUUUAAAGACGAAAAACGAAGUGUUGAGAAUUAUUUUGUGCGGAUUAAAGACUGUUGUUGUGGAAAGCAAUUAGUGAUUUGAAUCACUUAGUAAUUCAAAUUGGGCAGGUGGUGACUGUUUGUAAUAUUAUUAUCUACUUAACUCGUUAUCAGUACCUUUGUCCAAAUUGUUGUUUUGUUGGUGUUUGUGCUGUUCGUCCUUCACUUCCUGAUUGUAUAAAAGCCCGGGCAUGCGCGGGGGGGUGGGGCGGUGCCGCUGGCUCGCGGGGGGGGUGGCGGCGCUGUUCGCCCUCGCCGCCAUCGCCGUCUCGCUCGCGUGGCAGAGGAUCUUCGACUCUGUGCUGGCCUCGCAACUGGCGCUGGUGCCAGGCUCGCGGUCCUACGUGUCCUGGGAGGCGCCGGCGGUGCCGCUGCGGUUCGACAUCUACCUGUUCAACUGGACCAACGCUGAGCGGUUCCCUGAAGAAACCCCGCACGUCGAGCAGCUGGGUCCAUACAGUUUCCGCGAGGAGCGCCGUCACGUGAACGUCACCGUGCACCCCGAGACCGACUCGCUCUCCUACAGAACCUUCCGCUCCUACUCCUUCGACCCUGAGGCUAGCAAUGGCACGUUGGAGGAUAACGUCACCACGCUCAACCCUAUUGCUUCUGCGGCGAUAUACAAAGCCAGGGAGUCUGGCUACAUCCAGCAGAAGACCCUGGGCAUGGGGCUGGCCAUGUUUGGCCAACAGAUGGCGGUGUCCAAACCGGCCCGGGAGCUCAUGUUUGAGGGCUACGAUGACCUGAUGCUGGAGUUCGCGAAGACUCUGCCUGACAGUGCCACGGGGGGAGCUCCGAAGAUCGACCGCUUUGGGUGGUUUUAUCAGAGGAACAACUCCAUCGACUCGGACGGGUUCAUGGAAGUGACCCUGGGCAGCCGCGGCGGCUCGCUGCCCGGACAGAUCCUCAACUGGAACAAGGAGGAGAACCUGCCGUAUUACAGCGGACAGUGUGCUGAGCUAGCGGGCAGCGUGGGCGAGUUCCUCCCCCGGGACCUGACGCCCUCCUCGCGGCUCACCAUGUUCAUGGCGGACCUGUGCCGCACGCUGCACCUGCGCUACUCCGGCAGCGGCGAGCUGCAGGGCUUGCAGUACCACACGUAUGAAGUUAAUCGGGAUGUGUUUGAUGCUGGGUCUAAAGAGAACGAGUGUUUCUGCAACGGCGCGUGCGCAUGGGGCGGGGUGAUGAACGUGUCUGCGUGCCGCUACGGCGCGCCCUCCUUCAUCACGCUGCCACACUUCCUGUACGCUGACGAGGAGCUGAGGGAGCUGGUGACGGGGCUGCAGCCUGAUGAGGACAAGCACUCGUUUUACUUCUCGGUGGAGCCGAAAUUGGGCAUCCCGCUUGACGUUGCAGCGAGGUUCCAGCUCAACAUUUACAUGGAGCCAACUCCUAAUAUAGCACUCUACGAGAACGUUCCUCGGCUGCUAUUCCCAGUGCUCUGGGUGGAACAACGCGUGACUAUCGACGACACAGUCCUGGCUGAGCUGAGGUUCGUGCGAGCCGUGCUCGACUGGGGCGCCAUCUUCAGUGCAGGCGUGGCACUAGUCCUAGCGGCUAUAGUCGCCCUCACCACAUGCACCAACAUCUGCCUCAAGAAACCCAAGUAUCUCCCCCCAGCUGACCUCCUCUUCGAGAGGCCCAAAGACGAAGCCGAAAUGAAACUGAACCCUAUGUGAUUUCCGAAAGCUUUGGCUGAAUGGAGAAAAACCUUUGCCGGUCCCGAGACUCGAAAAAGUGCCAUAUGAAAAAAGUAAAGUGAUUCGAAACGCGGGAGUUGAAUUCGGUACUGAUUGUAAGAUAUUUUUAGGAUAUUCCAGAAUUUUGUGACAUUUUAUUAUGAAGUAAGGUAUUCUGUAAGGUGUGUUUUUCGGUUAUUAUUACAUACUUUUACUAAUUUGAGGGGACAUUAUAUUAUGUAAUGUUAAUGAGUUAACUUUCUUCAGCCGACUAUUACCUAAAUUGUUAUAUACUUUGUAAAAUAACGUUAAAGUGUUUGUUAAAUCUCAUGUUACGUUUAACUUUGAACAUGUGAAUGUAUCUGUUGGAAUUAUGGUCAACUUAUAAUAUCUGUAACCACCUAAAGUAAAGUAUAUAACUAAAGUAAGAAUAGAUUACAUAAACGUACUACAUAUAAUCUAAACCUACCUAUGCCUAGUUAUUAGUACUCAGCAGGAUAACAAAAUUGACAUACAGGAAUUAUUGAGUACAAACUGUACGAAUGAUUAUUAAUUCAUUAUACUCAUUGAUAAGUUCAUAAACUCAUUAAAUUUUAAGAAGACUUGUAAAUAUGUAAUUCCUUCCUUAGGACGUAAGUACGAAAGUCUACCAGUUAAAGUGAGUUGGAAAUCCUGCUCUCUAAAUGUAUAUUUUUAUUUUAUAUUUUUGUAAUAAAUUUUAAAAGACUUUUAGGUAUAAAUGUUCAUUCGAUGCUGUGAUACAAUAAUGACGAUAUUUGAAGUUGCUUGUACUAGUCUUAGUGCCUGAUAUGUUUUUACAAGCAAUAUCAUAUCAGGCGAGAGGUGGUAAGACCAAAAUUUAAGGCGAAAAUGACAAUCAUUUAUAAUUAAGUAGGUAAGAACGAGUAUAAAUAUCAUAUCAAAUGCAUGUUUAUAAAAGUACAUAAUAAGAAGAGGUGGGCGCAGUUAAUCCAAACCCCGUUAAUCUAUAUUUUUUUCAUAUUAUCUUCUACAAAGCUACCAAGGCACUUAUUCUGUUCAGUUACGAGUAUGCUACUUUAAAUUAAAUUCCAACAGAUCUCUAGAGAUUGUUGUUUUUUAAUGAAAAUCUUUGCUUACCUAUAAAGGAGUUCAUUAACAGUUUUAGACAUAGAGUCUUUUUUAAUGUUUCUUUUUUAUGCACAUGAAACUAUGUAGAGUUACUUAGGUUCCCAAUUCCAUUUGUUGAUAUCAAUAGCUAUCUAAAACCUAUGCUCACCUUUAAAUAUAAGCUUAGGUUACAUGUACAAUAUAAUAUUCAUGUAAUCUCUUAUAUUUUAAUAUACGGUUUUACCUACUAAAUGUA